CCAAUCAAAUGUCCUUUUGUAUCUCCGACAUUGCGAUAACGGCCGCUUCUUAUCUGGAAGGAACAGUCAGGCCGACCACCCACUACAGACGAGACCGUCUCCUGGUUCUCGCUCCUUCUUCCUGCUAUUUCUAAUCCAGACCUGACAGUGUUUUGUCGUGUGUGGCAUUGUUGGUGGUGCUUGGCUUGGUCUCCCCUUGACGAGAGCUGGAAUCUUAGUCUCUCUCUUUCUCUUCCUUCAAGCCUCCACACGCGACUCUCCACUGGUCGCUGCAUAUACACGCUUAACGUCGUUUACGGUCUUUCAUUGAAAGGAACGCUACCGACCAUGACGAGACAAUCAGGGCCGCAGGUCUGCGAUAUGGAGAAGCAGCCUCUGCUCCCGUCUCGAUACCCUCCUCUGGUCGAAGCUCCUGCCGGCUCUCCCACUCUUGACACAGACCUUCAUCGGAAACAAGAAUGGCUCUCGGUGUGGAGUUUGCUCAGAGUUACGUUUCUGGCGAUACUGGCUUUGCUCUUGCUGGCGGUGCAUCUGCCAAGUGUGUAUUCACUGCCUCUCGAGUCGGAGUCUCAUCUAGAAGUGGUAUCGCAGACCCCUUUACAACACAUUGAGGAGGGCAAACUAGGUGCGGUCGCGAGUGAAAGUGCCAUCUGUAGUCGUCAUGGGACAGAGAUGCUGAAAAUGGGCGGCAAUGCCGCUGAUGCGCUGGUCGCGGCAGUAUUUUGUGUGGGAGUGAUCGGAAUGUACCAUAGUGGUAUUGGCGGUGGUGGCUUUAUGCUUGUUCGAGCACCGAACGGAAGAACAUAUGAGUUCAUCGAUUUUCGAGAAACGGCGCCCGCGGCGGCGUAUGAGGACAUGUUUAAGAAUAACACCCUGGCUUCGGUUUAUGGAGGGUUGGCAAGUGGUGUUCCGGGUGAAAUUAGAGGUCUCGAGUAUCUGCAUAGGAAUUAUGGCGUUUUACCAUGGUCGACGGUGUUGCAACCGGCGAUCAAGACUGCUCGCGAUGGCUUCCCGGUGUCGGAGGAUCUGGUCAGGUAUAUGAAAUCGGCAGUUAGCAGCGAGGAGAAUGAUUUUCUUUCUCAGAAUCCCACCUGGGCCCUGGAUUUCGCACCUAAUGGAACCCGACUGGGAUUGGGAGAUACCAUCACACGGAAACGUUAUGCGGAUACCCUCGAGACGAUCGCGGAGCAAGGUCCGGAUGCCUUUUACACUGGACCGAUCGCUCAGACAAUGAUCAAUGCCGUUCAGGCUGCGAAUGGGACGAUGACUCUGGACGACUUGAAGGAUUACAACGUUGUCAUCAGAAACGUCUCGCAAAUUGACUACCGUGGAUACAAGAUUGCGAGUACCACCGCACCGUCCAGUGGUAUUGUAGCGUUGAGCAUUUUGAAAAUCCUGGAGACAUACGACGAUUUCUUUGCACCGGGAACCGUCAAUCUCAGUACCCAUCGUAUGGAUGAGGCGAUGCGGUUUGGAUACGGACAGAGAACACACCUCGGGGACCCAGACUUUGUCGACGAGCUGGACGAAUAUCAAGAUUACAUGCUGAACCAGUCAACCGUUGAUCAUAUCCGAGGCAAGAUCUCGGAUUUCCACUCGCAAAAUGUCUCCGCAUACGACCCCGAUGGGCUUGAAAGUUUGGAAACUCACGGUACAUCCCAUAUUGCCACAGCAGAUCAUUCUGGGAUGGCCAUUUCCCUGAUCUCAACGGUCAAUCUAUUGUUUGGAAGCCAAGUGAUGGUCCCCGAGACUGGUAUUAUAAUGAAUAACGAAAUGAAUGACUUUUCCAUCCCCGGAGCCUCGAAUGCAUUUGGGUUUAUUCCCUCGCCGGCGAACUAUAUUCGUCCUGGGAAACGCCCACUAUCAUCCUGUACCCCGGCCAUUGUCACUCGCCCUGACGGGUCGCUUUACCUGGUCGCCGGUUCUGCUGGAGGAAGCCGGAUCAUCACCGCCACCAUCCAGACCAUCAUACACACCAUUGACGAGGGCCUCUCUGCUGCCGAUGCGCUGGCUCGUCCUCGCAUGCAUGAACAGCUCGUCCCCGACCAGGUGUUUUUUGAAUACGCUUACGAUAAUGAGACAGUCGCCUUCAUGGAAGCACGCGGUCACAACGUCUCCUGGAUUCAGCCGUAUCUGAGUUCGGCGCAGGCUAUUCGCAUGCUCCCAAACGGGACCUUUGACGCGGCGGGAGAGCCGAGGCAGUUGGCCUCCGGAGGCUUUGCUGUAUAGACUCAUAGAGCAUCUUUUUUCUUGGAUAUAAUUAUAUAGAAUGGGCCGCAGAAAUCCAUUACUCAUCAUAGUUCUUGUCUAACCGACUAUAGACUGGCGCGUCAACCCCAGAGCCCAGACUUCUUAUCAAUCACGUGGUGAUAUGCCAAAAAUAAUACGCGGAUACCAUCUGGAUUGAUUCACUGCGCUGAGCAUUGCCAGGAAAAAUGACACGUCGA